ACACCUGCGCAGCUGCCGGUAAUUCAUACAAUUCUAUCUGAUGCGGAUCGCUGCUGGCUUCACUGUCUAUACCCAAUGGUCUGUACGGACGAACUGCCACCAUUUUAAACUCUUUGAAGACAAACUUGGAAAAAUAUAAGAAUAUGCUAUUUGUGAGCACGCUGUUUAUUGAGGAUUACAGACAUCUAAAAAGCAGAGUCGUUUGGUUGAGGUUGCCUUUGUUUCCUGUUGAGAGAGUAGAGGACUGAACUGAUGCUGCGUCGAACACCCUCCUCAUCAGCAGAGCCGAUGAUAAACAUUAAAAAAAUUGUCGGAUGAUCGAACCUGAGCGGAAGAUCUCCGAGGCUCGCUCUUGGACCAUCCACUCAUCUGUAAGGUCCUUUAUAAAUAAAUAAAUACGGGGACGGGAUAUUGUUUUAAUAGGAUAAGGCAAUUACCAGAUGAAAGCGGGACAAACCCCACUACAGGAUCUCAACGUAAAAAACCGGAUUAAACCGUCAAUAACCAUUGGACAGAGUCUGCCAUAGGGGAGAUAUAAACACACACACCAUCAUUCCUGAUGGCGCUUGAAGACUCUGCCUUCCCCUCGCGGCCAGAGUCCCUCUCUCUGCCCGUGGUGGAGAAAGGGAAGGGACCAGUGCAAGAGGCUAGCGAGGUGACGGCCUCCACCGGAGUGUUUGAUGUGUCUGAGGAUCUGGGCCAUGUGGUUACCACGGAUACCACCCAGCCUGGCGUUAACAGAUCGUGGAAGUCCAAGUUGGCAGAGAGGCAGGCCAAUGCAGCAUCCGAGGAGUACGUUAAGAAGCUGCCUCGGGUGGUGGAGAAGGAGAGGGGUAGAUUUGGCUGGGCCAAGAGACGUAAGACUCAGCGCUAUGUGGAGAAGAAUGGUCGCUGUAACGUUUCACACGGCAACAUGAGGGAGACGUACCGUUAUCUGACAGAUAUCUUCACCACGCUGGUGGACCUCAACUGGCGCUGCUCUCUCUUCGUCUUCGUCAUGGCCUAUGCCAUCACCUGGCUCUUCUUCGGGGCCAUUUGGUACCUGAUAGCUUACCUCCGAGGGGAUCUAGAUCAUCUGGAGGAUGAGACAUGGACACCGUGCGUCAACAACGUGAACGGAUUCAUCUCGGCCUUCCUCUUCUCCAUCGAGACAGAGACCACAAUUGGUUACGGCCACCGUGUCAUCACUGACCAGUGUCCGGUGGGCACCAUGCUGCUCCUGCUCCAGGCCAUACUGGGAUCUAUGGUCAACGCCUUCAUGGUGGGCUGUAUGUUUGUGAAGAUCUCUCAGCCCAAUAAGCGCGCGGAGACCCUGGUGUUUUCUAAGAAUGCAGUGAUCUCUCUGAGAGACGACAGACUGUGUCUGAUGUUCCGGGUGGGGGACCUGCGCAGCUCGCACAUUGUUGGAGCCAACAUGAGGGCCAAACUCAUCAAGUCUAAACAGACUCAGGAAGGUGAGUUUAUCCCUCUGGACCAGACAGACAUCAGUGUGGGUUUUGAGACGGGGGAUGACCGCCUGUUUCUGGUGUCUCCACUGGUCAUCUCCCACGAGAUCGACUGCCGCUCGCCCUUCUGGGACAUGUCUCAGGGCCAGCUGGAGAAGGACGACUUUGAGAUGGUCGUCAUCCUGGAGGGAAUGGUGGAGGCCACUGGUAUGACGUGCCAGGCGCGGAGCUCUUACCUGGCAGACGAGGUCCAGUGGGGUCACAGGUUCAGUCCGAUGAUGUCACUGGCCGAAGGCUUCUUUGACAUCGACUAUGGCGCCUUCCAUCAAACCUUUGAGGUGGACACUCCCUCCUGCUCAGCGCACGAACUCUCAUUAGCUGCGGCCCGAUUGGAGGCUCAUCUCUAUUGGUCGAUCUCCAGUAAACUGGACGAAGAGAAAUGGGAGGGAUCUUCUCUGACCAACCAAUCAGGGAAGCAGCUAGACAAUGGGAAAGGAGGGGUCGUUGGCCCCGUUUCAUUUACUGUUGGUGAGAUCACUGGAAUAGAAGAGCAAUCCGGACCAGGGGAGUUGAAUGGAAGUGUCACCACUGACCAGUCAGAAUCAGAGGCCUAAAGUAGAUUGGGGCACCCUAUCCCCUAUGCAGUGCACUUAUUUUGAGCAGAGCCCUGGUCCACAGUACUAUAAAUGUCAUGACAGGAUGAAACACAACUGCAGUACUGUAAAUUACUUUUAGCUAAUGUAUAACAUACAGCCAUAGAACAUUUUUCCCCAAGGGAGAGUUGGGUGGUUUAAAUGGUCCAUUUUGCUCCUUCUUUGCUGUGUUGGAUAACAUUGACUUGGACAUGACAAAUUAUAUCAAUUCAAUUUUGUCUUUCAUUUCUCUGGUGAUAUUUUAUUAUUACCAUGAAUGUCUGGGCUUCACUAUAAUUAUAUUAUAUUGUUAUAGCUCCAAUAUCCUCUGCCAACAACAUACAUUAUAUGAAUUAAUACAUUUUUUUUUUUUUUUAAGAAUUAAGUAUUGACAAUUCUUUGUCAGGAAAGAGGAUGUUGUUCAGCCAGGUGAGAAUGUUCAGAGACAUAGAAAGAGAACUGUGUUUUGGAAUGUUCUGGAAUGUUCAGAGAGAUAGAAAGAGAACUGUGUUUUGGAAUGUUCUGGAACGUUCAGAGACAUAGAAAGAGAACUGUGUUUUGGAAUGUUCUGGAAUGUUCAGAGAGAUAGAAAGAGAACUGUGUUUUGGAAUGUUCUGGAACGUUCAGAGACAUAGAAAGAGAACUGUGUUUUGGAAUGUUCUGGAACGUUCAGAGACAUAGAAAGAGAACUGUGUUUUGGAAUGUUCUGGAACGUUCAGAGACAUAGAAAGAGAAGCAUGUCAUGUGUUGGCUGAAUUGGGGAGUCAAUGUAUUAAAGGAAUUAUGUAUUAUGGAUAGUGUGAUAGAAGAGAACAUGUAUGGUUUUUCACUUUAGCAUGUAAAGAGCAUAUCAAGGAAUCGAUUGAAAUAGUAUCUCUAAACCUCUUUAUCUCUAAAAGAAAAACAAGGAUUGUUUUAAAAGAUUAUAUAGAAGUGUACAUUUUGAUUACAUUAAAACAACCACCAUCUUGUGAUUAAUUUAGAUGUAGAAUCAUUACUGUGUUAACAAUUUUAAAGGGUUACAUCAUAUGUACCGUAGCUUAUCACUGACCAUGUCCCAACUGGAGACUAGUGGAAAUAUUCAUCUAACAAAACAAAGUAUUUUCUCUCUUGGGAAUGUUUCUGUGUGCUUUCACGUAGAAACUAAGUAGCACAAUGAAAUAUUUUCUUUCCAUAGCCUCUUAGGAUUUAAGCACAACUGUGUUCCGCUCUGCUCACCCCAACCUCGUGCUUCUGCGGCUGUGUACAUAGGAGCCUUUUUACUUGAUGUUUUUAAUAUAUAUAAAAAAAUCUGAAUUAUUAUCUAUCAAAAUUAAUAAACUAUAUUACACACCAA